CUGCGGCUGCAGCGCUGAUCCGAGAGGCCUCCGGGUUAUUUCUGGCCGGGUAGCUGCACUGUGGUCUGUGCGGCAGGGCUCGCGGAGCCUGUAAGGAGCCGGCUGGCUCUCAGGCCAACGCCUCCCACUCCAGAACAAACCGAGCUACCGACCUCUCGCCAUGGGCUCCCGGCCGUGCGGGGCGCUGAGCCUACUGCUGCUACUGCUGGCGUCGCGGAGCGGCGCGGCUGUGGGCUGCCCCGAGCCGUGUAGCUGCGCAGGGACGCAGGUGGAUUGUGGGCGCCGUGGGCUCACGCUGGCCUCGCUGCCAGCAGUCUUCCCGCCUGACACCACAGAUCUGGUGCUGACCGACAACAACCUAACAGCGCUGCCCCCGGGGCUGCUAGACACAUUGCCCGCGCUGCGCGCCGUGCACCUAGGCGCUAACCCUUGGCGCUGCGACUGCCGCCUGGUGCCGCUGCGCGCCUGGCUGGCCGGCCGCCCGGAACGCGAGCCUUACCGCGAUCUGCGCUGCGUCUCACCUCCUACUCUGCGCGGCCGCCUGCUGCCCUACCUAGCCGAGGAGGAGCUGCGCUCCGCAUGCGCGCCAGGCCAACUUUGCAGGGGGUCGCUGGCAACACAAGUCGCGCUGCUCUGGCUCGGGCUUCUGCACGCGUUGCUCCUGGCGUUGCUGCUGUGCCGCCUGCAGAGGCUGCGCACCCGCACCCGCACCGCACAACAGUUACUCUUGAUGGCCCCGCUGGUGGACGAGCCCGCUGAGGCAGGCACAUCCUAAGAGAAAUGGACUGGCGUUGAUCAUCCUAGGUCUGCAAAUUCGACAAAACCUUGCCCAAGAAACCCUCAUCCCUCUCUUGGACCCGCCCUGAAAGCUGCCCAGCCUCCCAGACUCUCCCAAGACCUGAAGGCUGGAAUCCGGGUAGGACAGAGUGAGGCAACCUAUACCUUCUGUCUUGGGGAGGUGGAGGCACCUAGCUACUGAAGCCCAACACUUCGGAGCCUCCCCUCCCCAAUUCCGUGCUAAAUAAAUCCUUCUAAACUGG